AUGCGGGAUUCGGUGGUUGCUAACGCAUUCAUGAUUUCGGCACUGAUGACGGCGAGUCGUACAAAAGACUCGGUGGCUAUUAUCAGCAACGGAAAACUGCGCGAGAAAACACACGACGCGUAUGAUUCGCUUAUGAUAGCAGCCAUCAAAGACGCCAUGGUUCAAAGGGGCUUUACGCAGGUGGCCAAUAAUCAAAAUCCCGAUCUGGGUAUCAAUGUCAACAAUAUCAUCAACAGCUAUACAGGUUAUGUUGACUAUGGCAAUUAUUACAAUGAUUAUUACGGUUACUGGGAUCCUUAUUACUGGGGUUACCCCGGCUAUGGGUAUUAUGGGUCUUAUAUAGGAACCUACCAGGUGAACGAAGGGGUGAUUUCGAUAGAUAUGUUUGACCUCAAGGAUGCAUCUGCCAAUACGCGGAUCAAAUCUGUAUGGAAUGGCGUAGUGCGGGGAGAAGUGGGAAUAGAAACAGGCUCGCAGGCAUUUUACCAAAAAUAUCCACGGCAGCUGUACAAGACAGCAGACGGAGGCGAUUUAUCUGCCGUGGUAUCCAAUUCGGUGCAAACUGCGCCCAUCUUGCUGAAGGCACAGUAUAAUCUGAUGCCCAAUAGAAUGAUACAACCAUUUGUAGCGCUGGCUACCGGUGGCAAUAUUAUCACCUAUGACCAGUAUGCGGGAGAAUUCAGCAAUGAUGCCAAAACAAAAUUUGGAUUUGCCGCGCGGCCCGAGGCGGGUGUGUCCUGGAUUAAAAAUAUGCUGGUAGUAAAAGAAGAACAGAUGUAUGAGAAAAUAUACAGGUCGAUGGUGACCGUGGGUAACGACCUGAUGGAGCAGAAAGGUACCCUGCCCAGUCUUAAAAAUCCCAAGUUCCGGCCCGGAUUUAUGAUGCCCAGCGACCAGUUGCUCAAUGAACUGCUGAAGCCUUCUACCAUCGCAAAAAACUAUACCAGUUUUGCCAUCGAAGAAAAGUUAAAAAAAGCUUUUGAAGAGAAUGGUAUAAAAGACACCCAUUUUGAAUUUGCUAUUUCUUCCACCAUCGGACUCAAUACCUAUGAACUGAAAUCAGACAACCUGAUUAAGGUGCCCAGCGGCAGCGAAUAUGAAAACCUGAUGCCCGAAGAAACCAUGAUACUGGUGGUGCCGGAUAUUAAGAAAAGUAUUUUCCGCCAGCUGCGAUGGUUAAUGAUCGGUGCCAUACUCUUUACCCUGAUUAUUUGUUCUGCUUUUUAUGUUACCGUAAGCGCCUUGCUGCGGCAGAAAAAAACCAGUGAAAUCAAAAACGAUUUCAUCAACAAUAUGACGCAUGAGUUUAAAACACCACUGGCCACUAUUUCACUGGCAGUAGAUGCCAUGCGUAAUGAAAAGGUGCUGCAGGACCGGGAGAAAAUGGGCUAUUUCAGCAGCAUUAUAAAGGAAGAAAACAGGCGGAUGAACAAGCAGGUAGAAACCAUUCUGCAGGCCUCGCUGAUGGAGCGGCAGGAGAUACAGCUGAACAAAGUGCCCAUCCAUGUACAUGAAGUAAUUGAUCAUGUGCUGGAGAAUUUUCACCUGCAGCUGGAAGAUAAAAAUGGCAAGACUGUGCUGCACCUGAAUGCAGGGGCCGACCUGAUAGAAGGCGAUGAAGUACAUUUUACCAAUCUUAUUUCUAACCUGGUAGACAAUGCUGUUAAAUAUUCAAAAGAUAACCUGGUUAUUAAAAUCAGUACGAUCAAUACCGGCAGGCAUAUACAGCAUGCCGGUAGUAAUAUCAGGGUAUUGGUCACCAGGCUCCAGGCAGAAUACCUCAAUGCUGCCGCCACUUGGUUUCUGAAACAGCAGCCUUGCCUCUAUCACACGGGUAUUGUUAAACACCAGCAGGCUGUGCGGUGGCAGCCCGUUGGCCAGCGCGUAGUUCCUGAUAAUGUCUUCCGUCAUAUCACUGCCCAUGCCUGCACUCUUUUUGUACCAGCUUACCCAUAUUACAAGCGAGAAAUUGAAGACCUGCCAGACCAUGACGACGACAACCGCAAGUUAAAAAAGUAUUUCAACUAUGGGGUGGCUACCGCAGAAUUAGAUUCAGCUAACCGCCUCCUUUUGCCGGCUAACCUGAAAGAUUAUGCCGGUUUAACCAAAGAUGUAGUGUUGUCGUGCUCAAAAAAACGAAUAGAAAUCUGGGAUAAAAGUGGGUAUCAUGUGCCUGUGCUGCUUCGCGAAACAUUGGAUGGUUUGGCGAUACAGCCCGGCGGCAUAUACGUGGAUUGUACAUUCGGCGGUGGAGGUCAUGCAAAAGCUUUGCUGCAGCAACUCAAUGCAGAUGGCAGGCUGUUUGUUUUCGACCAGGAUGCAGAUGCAGCCAAAAAUGUGCCCGCUGACGACCGCGUAACUUUCGUGCCCAAUAAUUUCAGGCACCUGCAGCGAUUCAUGCGCCUGCAUAAGACAGCUUUGGUAGACGGCAUUAUGGCCGACCUGGGCGUCAGCAGUCAUCAGUUUGAUGAGGCAGAAAGGGGCUUUUCUACCCGCUUUGAUGCGGAGCUGGACAUGCGGAUGGACAGGCGGCAGGCACUUACUGCCUUUGAAGUGGUAAACACCUAUACUGAACUGCAGCUGCACACUUUGUUUGAACAGUAUGGAGAGGUAACCAAUGCAAAAACCCUGGCCCGCACCAUCGUGGCCGUGCGUGCAUCCACCUCACUAAAGACCAUCAGCAAUUUUAAAGCAGCCCUGCAUACAGUAGUUAAAGGAAAUCCCAACAAGUAUUUUGCCCAGACACCAUACAUGUUAACGACGCAGCAAAAGGAAGCAAAGAAAGACUGGAAGCGGCUGCUGAAUUACCAGUGGAUAGUAAAGAACAUUCCUUACUUCCUUUUCCUGAGCCUGCUGGCAGUCGUCUAUAUCUAUAACGGGCAUUAUUCUGAUAAUACCGUGAAAGACAUAAACAGAACCAGCAAAGAAUUAAAAGAGCUGCAGUAUGAAUAUAAAUCGCUGAAAAGCGAAGUGAUGUUCCGCAGCAAACAAAGCGAACUGGCAAAAGCGGUUGAGCCCCUUGGUUUGAAAGAACUGGUGCAGCCACCGCUGGUAUUGAAAGACAGCACGGGAAGUAGUCAUUAG